CCAGUAGAUGGCAUUGUUCGUGUGCAUGGUAUGUGGCCGUUGGUUGUACUUCGGAUGCUUGAUCAAUUCCAGCGUAAUGGUCUGGGGCCACCGGCCUAUGGGACCUAACCGGCAUGCGGCCCGAUUCGAUUUGGUCGCUCGUCAUAGGAUCGAUCUGCAUGCCGUGGUCGAUGUGUAUGUACUAUACAUGGAAGCAUCUGCACAGCAUUUUGAUACACUUCAACGCCGCGCGUGCCCCGGCAUGUAAGUGGCCCUUUGCCCUUCCCCUCGCCGAACCCCGAUGCCCAUUCUGGCUUGCGAUAGCCAGUUGCGAAGUGGGUCAAGCCUCCCAGCGGGGAAGCGGAAAUCCAGCCAAAUGUCUGGAAAGUACACAGGUACCCCGCCCAACGAGACAGCGCGCAUAUCAAUAUCAGGCCUGUCAUGGAUUCUGUUCCUGGCAGAUAACAUGUAGACGAAUGGGAUGCCGCGCUUACCGAGGGUACUUGUGGUGGUACUACCGCGACGUGGGUCACGAUGUGUGGGCUGCUGAUUUUGUGAAAGAUCACUCGAAAAGCCUGUUGUUCAAACAGUAAUGCGUCCCAUGGCGCUCAAAUCGGUGAAGAACGAUCCAGCAAAAGCGAACGAUGCAUGCUACUGCGAAAUGACGAGGUCGCACCUACAUCGAGUGCGGAGAAGAGCUUCAUUGUUGACUGCCCAUGGUCGUCCUCAACGAGACAGAAGUGAGCUCCGUUAAGCAUCUGAUCGUUGACUGGAAGAUGACCAGAGUAUGUGGAGGCUGAAGAAUCACUCUUC